CACUGCUGCCCGACAAGACUAACGAUGUGCUGGACGGUGGUGUGACGCCGCAAGGGGACUUUAUAGCCCAGAACUAUUUCUAAACUAUUACCAAAUCAACUUUUCCUCAGUGGGUGGUUUGUUUGCAGAUUGUGGAAAUGCGCUGGGAUUAACUGGAGUUCACACACCCCUUUGAUUUAUUGCUGUUUGUAUUUUCACUUGGACUCAUCCACUCAUCAGAGAAAAGAGAUGCGCGAGUGAUCAUGAUGCUCAGCGUUUACAUCCUUUGUUGUUGCUGACGCACACUGGGAGCGAAAUUGGAUUGUAAAACUAUGUGGAGUCAUUCCUGAGGACUGAGUCGCUGCUCUCCGCGGGUUUAUGGAGAAGAGCAGUCCGAAGAUGACGGGCGGAACCCGGGAGGCGCCGGUAAACUCCUCUCCGGCGGUGGCGGCCAACGCGGAGGGCGAGGAGAUCGAGGUUUUGGAGAGCACCGAGGUCCUUCCCGUGGCCCCAGAGGACUAUGACCCAGAGAAUUCGGGCUUCAUCAGUACCGAGCGGUUCAGGGACCUGCUGGCGACCCACAGCUCUGAGCUUGACCCCCACAAACUAGAAGUCCUAUUGGCCCUCGCCGAUGGUAACGCUGAUGGAAAGAUCUGUUACCAAGACUUUGUCAACCUGAUGAGUAACAAACGCUCCAACAGUUUCCGGAGGGCCAUCCUCCAGGGCAGCAGGCAGCUUAAAGGCUGCAGUCUCAGAGAUGAGGUCGGCUUGGGACUCUCCCAACGGCUAGUCCGACACGUCGCCUACGAGACGCUGCCCCGCGAGGUCGACCGCAAGUGGUACUUUGACAGCUACACCUACUGCCCUCCACCCUGGCUCAUCCUGGCUAUCACCAUUGCUGAGGUAGCCGUUUUCAUGUACUAUGGGUUCCAGCUGGACCGUUUGGUCCUGCAGGUUUCCAGUCCGUCAUUCCUAAAGAGUCCCCUACCUUACCACCCCCAGCUCCGAGCCCAGGCCUGGAGGUACCUCAGCUACAUUUUCAUGCACACUGGGAUUGAACACUUGAGCCUGAACAUGGCCAUGCAGCUGCUUGUUGGAGUCCCUCUAGAAAUGGUCCACGGAGCCCUGAGGAUCGGAUUAGUCUACGUGUGCGGUGUGCUGGCAGGGUCUCUGGCGGUGUCCGUCACUGAUAUGACGGCUCCCGUGGUCGGGUCAUCUGGGGGAGUGUACGCCCUGGUCUCAGCACACUUGGCCAACGUAGUAAUGAAUUGGUCGGGAAUGAAGUGUCAGUUCAAGUUAUUCCGGAUGGCCAUGGCUCUGGUUUGCAUGAGCGUAGAGUUUGGUCGGGCAGUGUGGCUGCGAUUCUACCCUCCGGCCUUUCCUCCAUGUCCCAACCCCAGCUUUGUAGCUCACCUGGGAGGGGUGGUGGUUGGUCUGACGCUCGGCGUGGUGGUCCUGCAGAACUACGAGCAGCGACUCCAGGAGCAGUCUCUGUUUUGGAUCUUUUUCUGUGUCUACACCUUGUUUGUGCUCUGCGCUGUCUUCUGGAACAUCUUCGCUUACAGCUUGCUGGACGUGCGACUGCCCCCACCACCAUGACGUGCUCAUUAGAGCCGGACAAGACAAUGUAUUUCCUUUUUUCCUCCAUUGGUGGAUGCCUGACCGCCUGGCUGGAUGAGUCACUUCACC